AUGGAUCAUAUUGCCAUCCCCAAGUCUAACCAACACAUACUUGUGAUCCCAAUUGAUCCGAGAUACAAGGGCAUAAGAGCAGUGACCAAAGACAACCAUGGUCGUCGUUGGUGGGGAGUGAUAAUUGUGGCUGCUUCAAAGUCACUUAACAAUGACAAAUUGCAAGAGUAUUUGCUUGAAAACAAAAUU